AUGAAGAAAGCAUUAAGAAAAAUGAAGAUUAACUUUCACUUCUUUGGGGGUGCUGAGAUGACUCUUCUGAUAAUCAUGGCCUUUGACAGGUAUGUAGCCAUAUGUAAACCCCCGCACUAUAGGACAAUCAUGAGCCACAAGCUGCUAAAGGGGUUUGCGAUACUUUCAUGGAUAAUUGGUUUUUUACACACCAUAAGCCAGAUAGUUUUAACAAUGAACUUGCCUUUCUGUGGCCACAAUGUCAUAAACAACAUAUUUUGUGAUCUUCCCCUUGUGAUCAAGCUUGCUUGCAUUGAAACAUACACCCUGGAAUUAUUUGUCAUUGCUGACAGUGGGCUGCUCUCUUUCACCUGUUUCAUCCUCUUGCUUGUUUCUUACAUUGUCAUCCUGGUCAGUGUACCAAAAAAAUCAUCACAUGGGCUCUCCAAGGCGCUGUCCACAUUGUCUGCCCAUAUCAUUGUGGUCACUCUGUUCUUUGGACCUUGUAUUUUUAUCUAUGUUUGGCCAUUCAGUAGUUUGGCAAGCAAUAAAACUCUUGCUGUAUUUUAUACAGUUAUCACACCCUUACUGAAUCCGAUUAUUUAUACCCUGAGAAAUAAGAAAAUGCAAGAGGCCAUAAGAAAAUUACGGUUCCAAUAUGUUAGUUCUGCACAGAAUUUCUAG